ACUGAUUCGGCCGGUCGGUGGCUGGCCGCCACAAGACAGGGGCUGCCCACACUGACACCAGGACGCUACUUUGACACACGACCAACCGCACACGACCAACCGCACAAGACCGAGAUACACGUCUGCAGAGACAAACACCCCGACACCUGCUCCAAGCCCGCACUCAAACACAUAAACACCCACACACACACCACACGACCGCUCCGAUGACCACUGCCGUCCCGCUCAUAUACUCGUUUCCUGAGUUCUCUGGCGUCGCAGAGGCCGUCGCAGACUUGGUUGUGACUGCACAGAACAAGGCCUUGUCCAAGUCACACGACGACAUCGCCCCGCUGAACACAACGUCCGACUCGCCAUUGAUGCUGCGAAAUACACCGGACGAUGCCAGCAUUCACAGCAAUAGCAUGAGCACAUCGCCCUCGACAAGCUCCCAGUUGAGGAAGAAGAAGAAGGAAAGCAACAGGAGAUUCAAAAUAGGUAUCAGUGGUGGUUCUCUUCUCAAUGUGUUGCACGAGGGCCUCCUCAAGCGAGACGACAUCAAGUGGGACAAGUGGGACGUCUACUUUGCUGACGAGAGGUUGGUGCCUUUCGACUCCUCGGAGUCCAACUACGGACAGGCCAAGUCCAAGCUAUUCGACCUCAUUCCGGAGUCAAAGGGCUCUCCAAACAUCUAUCCGAUAAACUCGGCUCUGCUGGAUGACCCGCAGGAGUGCGCCGAUGACUACGAGAAGACCCUCAUCAAGGGAUUUGCCUCCAAGGACUCGGUCAAGUUGCCCAUGUUCGACUUGAUCUUACUCGGCUGUGCCCCAGACGGCCACGUCGCCUCCCUCUUCCCGAACCACGAAACCUUGAGAGAAAACUACGCUUGGUGUGUGCCCGUCGAGAACAGCCCCGUGGGACCGGCCAACCGUAUAUCCUUCUCCGUCCCAGUCAUCUGCCACUCCCACUUAGUGGCGUUCGUCGUUGAGGGCUCCACAAAGGCUCCUGUCCUCAGAACCAUCAUGGAGAGACCCGACAAGGGGCUUCCCGCCAGUAUAAUCAACGAGAAGGCCGCCGGCAAGAUCGCUUGGUUUGUCGACGACGACGCCAUCUCCGACGUCGUUGGAAUCAUAAAGAAGCGCUACAAGUUCACGGCCACCACGAAUUGA